AUGGCUUCCUACUUCGAGGAGCACGACUGCGAGCCGGGCGCCAGGCCCCGCCAGGAGGAGCCGCAUCGCCAGGCGCUGCUGGAGCUGGCCAGGUGGGCCUCCGGGGAGCCGAGCGGGGCAGAGGGGGGCUCCCUCCGGGCCAGAGCCGAAAGGCAGCCUCGGGACACAGAGCUGCCCAAAGAAGGGAUCAGCAGCCUCACCUGGCCGGGGCAGUCUACGGCAUAGCUAACAAUCCGGGAGAGCAGCAGGAAACGGUGCUGGAAUAAGGGUCAAGGGACCCCUGACCAUUAGGUCCAGUCGUGGCCGACUCUGGGGUUGCGGCGCUCAUCUCGCUUUAUUGGCCGAGGGAGCCGGCGUACAGCUUCCGGGUCAUGUGGCCAGCAUAAGCUGCUUCUGGAGAACCAGAGCAGCGCACGGAAACGCCGUUUACCUUCCCGCCAGAGUGGUACCUAUUUAUCUACUUGCACUCUGAUGUGCUUUCAAACUGCUAGGUUGGCAGGAGCAGGGACCGAGCAAUGGGAGCUCACCCCGUCGCGGGGAUUCGAACCGCCGACCUUCUGAUCAGCAAGCCCAGAGGCUCUGUGGUUUAACCCACAGCGCCACCCACGUCCCUCACUUGCAGGUAGACUGCCCCUUAACCUGAGGCUCCCUCUCGCCAUCACGACUAGUAGACCUGCUCUCCCAUCUUCCCUGCAGUUCUGCUUCUUGGCCGUGGCAAGGUUUCCAGAAUCUGUUGCGUUGUUGUUUCUAUAUUACAGUGGUACCUCAGGUUACAUACGCUUCAGGUUACAUAUGCUUCAGGUUACAGACUCCACUAACCCAGAAAUAGUACCUCGGGUUAAGAACUUUGCUUCAGGAUGAGAACAGAAAUCAUGCUUUGGCGGUGCGGCAGCAGCAGGAGGCCCCAUUAGCUAAAGUGGUGCUUCAGGUUAAGAACAAUUUCAGGUUAAGAACGGACCUCCGGAACAAAUUAAGUUCUUAACCCGAGGUACCGCUGUACAUUGUGUGGUUAGCGUUCAGGGUCCUCGCCCACAAGGAACCUACAGUCUAAAACUCCACACAGGAGAAACGGGACGGGAAGGGCCUGAGCCGGGCGGUGGAGCAUCUUCUUUGCAUGCUCAGGGCCUCCCACUUCCUCCCCAGCAUCUCCAGGUGGGCUGGGGAGGGACCACUGUCUGCAGUCUUGGGAAGCUACUGCCAGCCUGUGAAGACAGCAAUGAAAUAGCUGGGCCAAUGAUCUGGCCUGGAAUAAGGCAGCUUCCUGUGUCGAAAAUGUGUUAAACAUGGAAACAAUAAGGUCUUGUUUCAGUUUCAUGUGCUUAGGCUUAGUUCACAGGGCAACUAAGGAGCCACAGCAAAGGCAUCUCACAAAAAGGGGGAUUGGAAGGAGGAACGAGCAGGAUAAAAAUCACACUGUAUUUUCUUACCUCCCAGGAUCUUUUUGGCCAAUGCAACACCAAUUAAAAAGUGAUCCCAGGGAGGAUCCAGGAAAUUAUAGGCUGGUUAGCUUAAUGCAGGGGUUCUCAAAGGGUGUGGGAGGAGAGGAUGGCAAGCGUGUCAGGAAGUGUGUCUAGGGCAAUCAAAGAAGCAUUUAAACAUUUUGUUAUAGUAUAGUAUUAUAUGGUAUAGCAUAUAUAAUUUUUUUAGCAGAAUAUUGAAAGAUAUAUUUUCAAACUGAGAGCAAGAGCAUCAAGUGAUUCUGUGGACAAUCCUAGUUGUGUUUUCCAAUGUAUUUUAUCAUUUUUAAAACAUGGUGUGGUGCAAGCACAUUUUUAUUCUGAAAGUGUGGCCCCGAGAAAAAUUUUUUGAGAACCACUGGCUUACUGUCUCUUCUAGGAAAACUGGUGGGGAGCAUUGCUAAAGCAAGUUCGCAGGCAUGUAGAAGUACCAGUUUUGCUGAAGUAGAACUAGGAUGACUUGUGCAAGGGUAAAUCCUGCCUCACGAUUCGGCGGUGUACGCACACCUGCUUACUCUGCAUCCAUUGUGCACCCAUUGCUGGUUUGGGAAGCAAAGUACAAUGUGUGCUUAGAUUUCUAAAUGCUGCUGACAACCCUUGAGUAAACUUAACGGCCAUUGAACAAGGGGAGAAUUGUGAAGAGUUCUAAAAGGAUUUCUCCAAACUGAAUGAAUGGGCAGCAAAAUGGCAAAUGCAAUUUAGUGUAAGCAAGUGUAAAGGGAUGCACACACAAAAAUCUUAAAAUGUCACAUAUUUCCUCAUGGGCUGUGAACUUUUGUAAAAAAAUGUUUUAUUUAGAAUUUUGAAGCAGACAUUACAUUUUAAAUUUCCACUGUUUUUUCUAAUAAAUGUGAACUUCCCCUCCAUAGUUUCCUUAUUUCCCCUUAGUUUGCUGCAUAUUGUAACUAGCCUCCUUCCUCAAUAUCUAAACUACUUUUCACGGCUGUUUACAAUUCAUAUCCUACUUGCAUAUUAAUAUGGUUAUUAUAGUUCUUCAGAUAUUCUAUGAAAGGCUUCCAUUCUUCCCUAAACACUGACUCCUCCUGGUCUUUGAUUUUCAUUGUUAAACUUUUUAACUCCGCAGACUUGUGAAUUUAUUCUACCAGUCUACUUCGGUUGGUAUCUCAUCAUCCUUCAACUUUUGCACAUAUAUUAUUCUUGCUGCCAUUGUUGGGUAUAAAAAUAAGCUGACCAACUUUUUGAGGACGUCCAAUUCCCUUAUUCCAAGGGUUUUUGGUGGGUUUUUUAAACGUCAACUUGAAUAUCUUAUUCAAAAUCCUUUAGCCUUUUUGCAUGUUUGCCAAAUGUAGAAGACUGUACCUUCCAUCUCUUGGCGCUUCCAGUGUAUAUUAGAACCUUUUUUUACACAUCUUAGCAAGUUUACUUGGGAUCAAGUACCAUCUAUAGAUGAUCUUUAGAUAGUUCUCCCUCAGGGUGUAACAGGCUGCAAAUUUCAUAUUAAUCACCCAUUGUUUUUCCCAUGAUGCCAUCUUGAUGUUGUGUCCUACAUCCCUUGCCCAGUGUAUCAUGGCAGCUUUGAGCAGUUCCUCUUUUGUUUCUUAUUCCAGCAGGAUUUUGUACAUUUUUAAAAUUAGUUUUUCAUUAUUCUCCAUUAAACCCCUUUCAAAGUCAGAACUUUCUUCAGCAGGUCCCUCCAGUUUAUCUUUUUUGUACAUCUCAGAUUGGAACCACUCUGUUAUCCAUUCCUUAAUGGCCUCUCUUUUUCUGAGCAUUACUCCUGCUUCACCGAUCUCUAAUAUGUCUCUGUAGGUGCCCCAUUUCUUUUUCAUAUUCAUUUUCUUCAUAGAACUUGCUUCAGUGGGCUAGAGCAGGGGUCACCAACCUAAGGCCCAUGGGCCAGAAGCGGCCUGCGGAGGUUGUUUGACCAGCCCAUGAGCCGCCCCCGAACUGAGCUGCCCGCUCGCGUGCUGCGCUAAACCGGCACGGGGACUCGCUUCUGCAGCGCCGAAAAUCAUGUCUGCACAGACGCCGAAAAUCGCAGGGGCACACGCUCACACGCACGUGUGAUCCUGCCCACGGAGGGAUCUCUGCGGGACCGAUCCGGCCCAGGGAAGAUAAACCUUGCCGACCCCUGAGCCAUAGUGGGGUAUUCCUUUCAAACAGGUUUUUAUACCUCAUCCAUACUAUACAGAGGCUUCUUAUAAUGUGGUUUUAAGAAUCCUUUACGUACUCUUACUUUAUCAUUCCAUAGGUAUGCAUGCCAACCAUAUUGUCUAUCAAAUCCUUCUAAAUCCAAUAAUCCAAAAUCUUCCAGAGCUAUCCAUUCUGUUAACCAGCAUAGACAUGCUACUUCAUAAUACAAUCCAAGAUCUGAUAGUAAGAAUCCGCCUCUGUCUUUUAUAUCUGUUAAAAUUUUGUACUUAACUCUUGGCUUCCUCCCCUGCCAAAUGAAUCUUGAUAUGUCUCUCUGCCACUGUUUAAAACAACUUAAAAUGCUUAUUACUGGUAUUGUUUUGAAAAGAAAUAGCAUAUUAGGCAGGACUUGUUGACCUUUUUUUAGGGGGAGAACCCAAAGUUGUUGAAGGGAGGGGGACUUCUCUUCUUUGCCCACUCACCCCAUCACUGGGGCCAAAAAUUAUAAACUGCCACCAGGGAAUGGCACCGCAACAGUGCAGAGGAGCUGAAACACACUAAAGAGGUGAGUUCCAGCUGGAAAAAAGCCCUGGUCUUAGGUAAUAUUUUCAUUUUGAUGCUGAUAUUCUUCCUGAUAAGGAAAGUUGCAUCUUCCUCCACUUUUCCAAGUCUUUUUUUUACUUCUUUCCACACUCUCAUACAAUUACCCAUGCAGCUCUCAACCACUUCUGGAAUGGACUCCCUUUUUGUAUUCCAGAAAUUCAGGUCGUAAACUCAGUCCAAUUAAAGUCCAUCCAAAACACACUGUUUAUGAUCCUCACUUGGUUUUUUGGGAAGCUGCUGCUACUGGAUCAGCUUACGAGGCUUCCUUCUGUGAAGAAAGCAUGGCUUCCUGUGCUCAAUGUCUACCCAGGUCGACCUCAAACAGUGCUCUCCAGCUCUGCAAAGGUUGGGGGGAGCCGUAAUUCAUGCCGUGGGGGUGCAAGACAAUCCAGAGCUUUAUUAGGAGCUGCAGUGCCCACGCUUUCCUCCAUAUGCUCCGUGACUCCCCAGUCUCACUCGCAGCAAGCACAACAAGCAGCCGAGGUCCUUCAUGGCAACUCAGAAGUCUGAGGAAAACAUUUUCCCCCCUCCAGAGUAAAAUAACAAUCCCACCUCUUCUUUCUCUGCUGCUCCCAGUGAGUGAAGCAGAGAAGAUCCCCCAGGGUUGAGCACCUUAUUUUGGAAAUUGGGUCACAAUUGGAAUUUGAAAGAACGUAUGCAAAGGUUAAUAUCAAAUAUAAAAUAUUUUUUUAUCAAAUUUUUUUUUAUCAAACUAAUCUAAAUAAAAGCACAAACCAAAAGGGAAAAAAGGAAAACUUCCAUUUCCGCCCCCCUCUCAGCUGUAUAUAGAAAAUUAUUCAAAACAUCCAUUCCAAAAUAGCACCCAAGAAUUCUGCUUUCUAUAAACCAAUGUUUUCUCCAGUCCUCAAACCCAGAUAUUAUGAGUUCAUUUUAUUUUUUCACUCAGAAAGUAUGUAAGGAGUUUCCAUUCUUUAGGAAUUUGGAUCAUGAGCUCUCUGACAAGGAAGCCCAGUGGUGGCUGCUCACACUCUUUUUCUCCAACAUAUGCAGGUCCCUCUUCAAUGGCCUGGAGAUUGAUGUGGGCUUCUUGGAGAGUGAAGACUGGGACCACCGGCUCCCCCCGCCAGCUGCCAAGCAAGCUGUAGAGAGCCUUCCUUCAGUGCCUGUUACCCCGCAGCAAGCAGGUAAUAGUUUUGAUUUCAAUCUGGGCCUUGUAUUUCUCAGCACUUCAAGAGCUGUGGUUAGAAGACAGUCUAUGUCAGCCUUCUCUAGGUGUUUUGGACUACAACUCCCAUCAGCCCCAGCCGGCACAGUCAUUUAAGAAAGUAACAAGAAUUUGAGUGUCUGUGUCUCCAAGACCUCUCAGUCUUUGAAAGUGUCCAACCCAAUUUCUGUGGAAGAGAUGGUCCAGAUGAGUCACAAAAGCUGCCUGGGGAACUGGGGGAAAGUUGCAAGACGUAGGUUGAUCUCCACCUGCAAUGGCAGCAGCUCUGCCCCCAUUUUCAAGCUCAGCAGCAAUAAGGUGCAUCUCUCACCUUCCCUGCCUGCUGGUUUUCCUGCCUCUGCUGAGCACCUACUGCUCUUCCUUGCUUGCCUUCCUGUUUGUAUACUCAAGGUUUACUUUUUGGUCAUGACGAAGUUCAAAAGGUCACCUUUAAAAAGUUUUAUUUAUUACAUCUACAGUCAUACCUCAGGUGGAAUGUGCUUCAGGUUGAGCGCUUUCGGGUUGCACUCUGCGGCAACCCGGAAGUAACGGAGCGCGUUACUUCUGGGUUUCGCCGCUCGCGCAUGCGCACUCAAAAUGAUGUCAUGCGCGGAAGCGGCAAAACACGAUCUGCGCACGCGCGGACGUGCCGUCACAUCUUACGUUCUGUUCAGGAUGCGAGCGGGGCUCCGGAACGGAUCCCGUUCGCAUCCCGAGGUACCACUGUAUACUGUAUCCCACCUUUCCUCUAAGGAGCUGAAGGUGAGGUAUACUCUUCCCCUCCCCAUAUUAUCUUCACAACAACCCUGUGAGGUACAUUGGGUGAGUGGCAAUUUGAACCUUGGUCUCCCUGGUCCUAGUCUAGCACUCUAACCGCUACAUCACAAGGGCUCUCUGCAGUGUUUCCCACCAGCUCUGGUGCAGAUUAUUAUUAUUAGCAGGGUCUUUUCUGAUUGGAUAUACUUCCAGAAAGAAUCUGGCACAAAAUGUCACGACUCCCAGGUGUGAGGAUUAAACUUUUGAUGUUCUGGCAGCAUCUGUUCAAAGGCUUUGGCAUCCAGAGGAUGGAGUAUUUGUGCUUGGCUUACCCAGCUUUUCCAUCAUGUAUGCUUGCUCUUGUAGUAGCAAUAAUCCACUAGUAAUCUUAUAGUAGAAAAAUCCAAUUAGAAUAAAAUGCUUGUAAAUAUGGGAUUGGCAGGAUUUCUGAGCUUUGCAAAGGUGUAGCCGUGCUGUGUUUUGGUAGAGUGGAGCCAACUUGAUGGAACUGUUUUCUGCCUUUUCCUUUCUCCAACCACUUGUGGGGGUUAGACAAAGGGCUGAAGUGUCCGGUGUGCCUCCUGGAGUUUGAGGAGGAAGAGGUGGUCAGGAAGAUGCCCUGCGAGCACAUCUUCCACAAAGGCUGUAUUCUUCCCUGGCUUGGAAAGGUGAAGUAUUGGAACAGGGACAUUCCCUCUCUGGUACCUGGGAUGGCUCCCUCCACCCUUUCCCUUUUCUCAAGAGGCUGCUGCUGCUAACUCCUUUCUCCUUGCCCAGACCAACUCCUGCCCUCUCUGCCGUCAUGAGCUGCCCACUGACGACGAACAGUAUGAAGAGUACAAGAAGGACAAGGUGAGUGCUGAUCCCUGUGGGCAGGUGCAGGGGUUAGAUGUACGCCUUUUGGCCUGAGGUGCCGCAUUAUCUUGUGGAGAACCACCUGGGGGCCACGUGUCAGUCGUGAAUAGAGCCGGAGGCAUUCAUAUUUACCUUUAUUUUCCAAGGUGCGGCGGCAACAGCAGGCGCAUCGGCUGGAGUAUCUGCAUGGUGCCAUGUACACGUGA